GUCACGUGGUACUCACACAGUCUGUUUCAAAACAACUUUUAUGGUUAGGUUCUGUUGUGCUCUCUUUUGGUGAUGUCAAUCCUUGUGAAGACUGCAGUAAAGUUCGAACAGGGACAAAAUUAUUGAUAAAAUGCAGCUUGAGGUUUAGUGCCAAGCAGUGUUUGUACAAUGGCAGUAAUGGGAGACUUCAAGCAAAAGUUUUCUGGUCUCCUCAAUAAGUUGGGUAAUCAAUCACGAUUAUCAUUGAGCAGUCCGUCUGAAGAAGUUUUGAAACCAAUUUCGAAUGAAGGAUUUGUAUCCACCCCCUCUAAAGAAGAUGUGAAACCUCCAGAAGAGCCGGCAGAAAUUUUAUCAGAUGAUGAAAUAUUGGAAUCCGUGGAAAAAGAAUAUUUCAAAGAACUCGAUUUUGACCCAAGUAGACAUGAAUUGAAGAAAAUAGGCGAGACAUUAAUUUGUGAUGAAAUUUUAAGCCAUUCAGAGCGACUGCACAGGCAGCAGAAAGUUGUAUCCAAGAAAGUCUUAUCUCAAAUACUGACAAAUCAAAGAGCAUGUAAUGAAGAAUUUGAAAGGAUUCAGAAUCUGCAAUCUAUAUUACGUGAGACCUUAUCCAUCUGCCGAGAUGGCAGAUCAAAACUCAAUACAGGCAAACAACAGCUAACAACUACAAGUUUAGGAAUACUCGCAAACUACCGCAAGAGACAGUUACUACGGGGAAUAUUGCAUUCAUUAAAUACCAUCAAAACACUGCAACGCUCAGAAGAGCAUAUUCAGGUUCUAUUGAGUGAGAGCAGAUAUGAAGAUGCCAUAAGUGAACUACUUGAGUGUCAAUCUGCUGCUACUUCACUCAAACGCUUUGCAUGUGUGGCCGCUCUCAGUGGAAAACUUGUUGACACUUUGGUGAUGACCGAAGAACAGUUAGAUGUAGCUCUAGGAAAGAUUUGUGAGAAGUUUGAUGAAACAUUAUAUGGACAACUGCAGGCAGCUUAUGCAUUAUUAGGCAAAACUCAAGCUGCUAUGGAUCAAUUACACAUGCACUUCACUUCAGCCAUUCAAAAUACAGCCUUGAAGGUCAUCAAGAGUUUUGUAGGUAAAUCUGAAUCCGUUGUUGCUACCAGUGGAAAGCAGUACAACGAGCUGUGUAAAAAAGUGAAGGAAGAAAAUUUCAUUCCUUGUCUUCAAGAAUUAUGCUCAAGUUUAUGGAGAAUUGUUUGCAGUCAUCAUAGAGUGGCAUUAUGGCACCAGAAGCAUACUGUUGACAAGGGCACAAACAAAGGCGCUGAUUUGGAAGUCAGUUUCACAAAUGAAUACAUUCGACAGAAGUUGGAGAGUAUGCAAGCAAGAAUAUGGCAAGAUGUUCAAGCUCGCUUCUCAACCUAUCUUUUCUCAACUGAUCUAGCCUCAUUCAAAUUUGAUAAUUUUUUGCAAGUUUUGGGCUUUGUGCACAGGUUAAUGGAAGUUGGAGAGGAGUUCUGUGGAAGCCAGUCAGAAGAACUGCAGAAGUCUGUGAGACUGCAGAGUGAAAACUAUUUUGCUAAGUACCAUGCUGGAUGCUUGGAAGAACUUCGCAUAUUUUUGGAAAAUGAAAGCUGGACACACUGCCCAGUAAAAAGUGACUUCACCUGCCUUCAGCUUCAAGAAUUUCGUUCCCUACGAGGUGUCAUUCAAAAUAUUGGUCUUCAUGAACAGCAAAAGCUUCAGCAGAGCCCUGAUAGUAGCAAUCAGUCACAGGAUAGCAAUUCAGUUGCUGGCGGAUACUUUUCACGAUUUUCAGAGUCUGGCACACCUUUUGAUUUAGCUAAUUUUGACCUACAAGAAGAAGAUAUUUUAGCAAAUAUUUCCGAUGAAGCUUCGGGCUACUUUAGUGAUGACAGUGAUGAAGAAGUGCCAGAGGAACUGAAAGGAGAUUUUGUCGAUGAAGGGCAUGGCGAUCCUUCUGUUCACACCAGAGUAACUCGAAGCAAAGGUCGCUCUUCUCUGCCCAAGGGACCGCUCCUAACAAACACAACAUUAACUGUCCUACGACAUUGUGGAAAAUAUUUGCAAAUGAGCAGACUUUUACGUACAGUUGCCAUGGAUGUCAUAAUAUGUUUAUCUCAGCUCUUCCAGUAUUACUUGUAUGCUGUCCAUGCUUUUUUCACCACCGAUCUUGCUGUGAGCCAACCAAAUCUGUAUAGUGUGAAGCUCCAAGCAGCUUUGAAACGGAUUAAUGCUGAAUUAAUUCGACCUGAGAAACAACCAAGUGCCAUGGUGCAAAUCAAUCAAGAUGAUAAGAAAAAAGUACCGCAGCCUCAUAUAUCACCUAUAGUCAACAUCAAUGAUCCGGAAAGCCUAUUUGGAUUAUCAGAGCGUGUAGUAGCAGUGGAAUCCCUUGUAUUUUUAGCAGAUCAAUUGGACUCUAUUAGACCUUACCUGGAGCAUUUGGUUCGUCAUGAGCCUAGGAAACAUUAUAUUCAACAGUUUUAUUUACAGAUGGUUAGUGUGGCAUCAGAUUUACGGUUGCCUGUAUAUGCCUGCAUAUCUGGGAGAGCACUUGAUUUACGUACUAUGUUAAACAUGAUGGCACGUGUCAACUGGGAGAUAAAAGAGGUUUCAAGUCAGCAUAGUCCCUAUGUGGAUUCUGUGUUAAGAGAUAUGCAAAUUUUUAGCAUGCGUCUGGAGGAAGCUGCUUCUCACCUAUUUAUUUCCAAAGACGUACACAAUACUUUGUGGGAAGCUCUUGUUAUUGUUUGCUGCAGUACAUUUGUCGAAGGCUUUUCCAAUGCAAAGAAAUGUGCAACUGGAGGCCGGGCUUUAAUGCAGCUUGACUUUACCCAAUUCAUCUCUAAGCUUGAAAAGCUCACCACAUUAAGGCCAAUUCCCCAUAAAGAAUAUGUAGAGCUGUAUGUUAAAGCUUAUUACAUACCAGAAGAGCAAUUGGAGAAGUGGAUUCGUGAGCAUACACAAUAUUCAAGCAAACAUCUUCAAACACUGAUUCAAUGUGCUUGUCAAAAUAACAAGAAGACUCGUCAAAGACUGUCGGGGGUUAUUGAAGAAAUGGAACGGCUUGGUUUAAUAAAGUAAUUUUAAAGUGGGUUAGUAAUUACAUUUUUGUGAAAAAGAAGAUGUAAGACUCUUUGAAAUGUGAUAGCAGUGAAUUGUACUUCAUAUGAUGUUGUAGAUGUCAGUGUAUAACUGCUGUGUCAGAUUUUUAGGGGUUGCAACUUUUCUCGCACUGUGUGCAGUUUUCUACCAGGAGAGUAACAGAAUGCCUAGUUGAAAAUAAACUUUUUGUUUUUGCUAUCAUUGUAUUUUGCCAUUGUUGUAAAAACAAAAGGAAUUGUCAUAAUUAUUUUAAUUCAGUAGCUGCCCCCUUUUCUUUCACAACAAAAUCUCAUCAAUUCUUUGACCAUAGGAAGAAAUGAUCUGACUCCCCCUUUUCUAAAACUGAAGAGUAAUACGGAACUAGCAUAUUUUUCUUGUGUGGUUUGUGGAGAUCACCUGCAAGCCCCAAACUAACAAGCCCCAAACUAACAAAUAUGUAGUUUUAAAAUGCAAAGGAAGUGUAUUUUUCUACUACUAAAGUGAUAAUUAUUUUAGUUGUUUGAGCCAAUGAUUGAAUGUUACUGUUUUUGCAUUUUUAAUUGAAGUGUUAACAGAAUGACUUACUGAUUUCUUGAAGGAAAAACUCACUGUGAUGUAUAUACUCUGUCUUAUUUGUUAUAAUCCAUGUUGUUAACCACAAUGGUUGGAUAUUGGAUGAUAUUGGAUGACCACCAACUAGGUCAUUUUUAUCUUGUUGAUGGCCAUGCAUUUCUGUUUGUAUAUUGGCAUGAAUUUUUAGCAUUUUAUUGUUGCACAACCUCGUCGGAUAUAACAUGGAAGAGAAAUGUUACCUUAUUUAUUUUUGUUAUGGGUGCACGAAGCCCUUUAUUUUUUCUCCAGUCUAAGUGGCUUUUCAACAGUAUUGUGAAACGGAGUUGAUUGAUUAUGAAUAGGCAGUGCAAAGUAAAAGAAAAGUGCAUUCCACGUGUUUUGACCACUGAAUGUUUUUCAUGACAGAUUUAACCAUUUGUGCAAUUUGAAUGAAUACAUGGAAGUUAUUUGUGUUCUUAA